CAAUGAAAUGAGUCUUUUGCAUGCUCCGUGAAUUUCUCGAAAAAUAGGAUGAGUAUUGUAAUGGCUGCCGUUUUCUUUGAUAAGUUUCCGUGAAUUUGUGCUAAAUAAACCACAUAUUGUGUAUUACGAAGUGUAUUUAAAGUGCAGGUACAACGACAUUAAUUGUUGCCAUCAAAUCGAUAACCCACCAUGUCUGAUGAGGAGGCUAUGGCGGUGGACACCACCGAGGGGCAGAGAUUGACAGUGGAAUAUAAGGAUGGUCAAUUGCAAAUAGUGGAAGUGACUCCUUAUGAACAUGACAAGACCAAGUCAAUUCUCCCUGAUGUAAUAACAGCGGAUUCCAGCAGUCAGGGGCAGAAGUUCAUGCAGGUGAUUGACCCGGAGAAAGGACUCAUGCAGCUGGAUUUACUCAAUUUGACUCUCGUCAGAUGUGACGACGGCGAGGAGUCUUACCGCCUGGUCACCAGCGCAGACGCAGACGGCUCUGACAUACCAGCCGACGCAACUGUCACCUGCGUGCUGCAGUCCAGUGAUGGUGAAGAUCCUGACACCCAGGAGUCGUACGUGAUGAUGGAGGGUGAACAAGGUCUGGUGUUCCUGCAGUCCGCAUUGACGCAGCACGAGGAAGCGGAGCCGCCGAUUACGCCGCCACAGCCGCAGCCGCAGCCGCAACGUAGCAAAGAACUUUCGAAAAAGAACUUAUCACCACAAGAACUGUUAGACAAAGCAAAAGCUCUACAAAAAGCCAAAAACAUAUUCUGUCAUACGCGCAUCGGCAAGCGCGGGCGGCGGCGAAAAGGUGAACUCCCCCCACCGCAGGAGAUGCUGUCUUCUCCUGACUUCAAAUUGUUCUUAUACAGCUGCAAGCUGUGUAACUUUAAAUGCAACGCCAUUAAAGAAUUGGCCGCUCAUCGGUCGCUGGAGCACGGGCACGGCGUGGCGAAGAACCGCGCGCCCGCCAUCACGCUGCAGUGUGCGCGCUGCCCCUACAGGGGCGGCACUCACGCGCAGCUAAUGAAACACGUAAACGCGAUACACAUGAAUGAGAAUGAGUCUAGCGCAAACAAAGUGAGCCUGGACAGCAAGGAAGUGGAAGAAGCCGAUGUCCUUGUCUGCGGCGCUUGCGGCUACGAGUCGGGGGAUAAGGGUGCAUUCAGGAAACAUAUUGUUGAGGAGCACGGUGCUACUACCACGUAGUUCGAAAGGUAUCGAAGAAUGUGUCCCAACACCUAUUCCAAGUCUGAAGUGAUAGAACUGUUAAUUUAAGAUUUAGAUAACGUUAUUUUAAUAAAUUAUGUUCAUCGAUAUAUAGGCAAUUUUCCUUACAAAAUUUCCUUAAAUAAAAUAGGUUAUACAGGUUGUAAUCGUUAAGUGUACUUG